CACCGGAUAACACAGCCACGCCCCCUCCUCUCUGCCCGUUCCUCAUUCCCAGCAGAGGCAGAAGAGAAUGGCGUCCUUGGUCCAGCACGUCGCGGGGCUCGCGUGCCCACCACUCUCCGGCGCGUCGCGCCGCCCCGGGGCGCCUAUGCGGCCGUCCGCGCUGGUCUGCGGGACGUACGUGCUGAGCAAGGAUGAGAAGGAGCGGGAGCGGAUGCGCACGCUGUUCGACGAGGCCUCCGAGCGCUGCCGCACUGCGCCCAUGGAGGGCAUCACCUUCUCCCCCGAGGACCUCGAAUCCGCCGUCGAGACCACCGACAUCGACACUGACAUUGGCUCACUCAUUAAAGGGACAGUAUUCAUGACCACUUCAAAUGGUGCAUUUAUUGACAUCCAAUCAAAGGCUACUGCUUUCUUGCCUAUAGAUGAGGCAUGCCUUCUCGAUAUUGACCAUAUAGAGGAGGCAGGCAUCCGGCCGGGUUUAGUGGAGCAGUUCAUGAUAAUUGAUGAGAACCCAAAUGAUGAAACUUUGAUUCUGAGCUUACAAUCAAUUCAGCAAGACCUUGCUUGGGAAAGGUGCAGGCAGCUUCAGGCAGAGGAUGUUGUUAUCACGGGUAAAGUAAUUGGUGGUAACAAAGGAGGUGUGGUGGCUCUUGUGGAGGGCCUUAAGGCAUUUGUUCCAUUUUCACAAGUGUCAUCGAAAACAACUGCUGAAGAGCUGCUUGACAAAGAACUACCUCUGAAGUUUGUGGAGGUCGAUGAGGAACAAGGCAGGCUUGUCCUCAGUAAUCGCAAGGCAAUGGCCGACAGCCAAGCCCAGCUUGGUAUUGGCUCAGUUGUUUUGGGAACUGUUGAAAGCCUAAAACCUUAUGGUGCCUUCAUCGAUAUCGGCGGAAUCAAUGGACUUCUGCAUGUCAGCCAAAUUAGUCAUGACCGUGUUGCAGAUAUCUCGACAGUUCUUCAACCAGGAGAUACCCUCAAGGUUAUGAUACUAAGCCACGACCGUGAAAGGGGCCGGGUUAGCCUUUCUACAAAGAAGCUUGAGCCAACACCUGGUGACAUGAUUCGUAACCCGAAGCUGGUUUUUGAAAAGGCUGAUGAGAUGGCGCAGAUAUUCAGGCAGAGAAUAGCUCAAGCAGAGGCAAUGGCUCGUGCCGACAUGUUAAGAUUCCAGCCGGAGAGUGGAUUGUCUCUCAGUUCAGAGGGUAUCUUAGGUCCAUUGUCAUCAGACACAGCAGAGGAGGAAGGGCUACCCACGGACGAAUAGGUGCAAUAGCAAGAAUGCAUCUGAUUCCAGAGAUGCCUGGUAGUUCAUCUUUUUGUGAAUGCACGAUGAAGACAAUAUCGUAUCAUAUUCAGAUAAUUUCCCCUCGUCAACUUGGCCUUGUAUCAUUGUGUAUGAAGUAUAAGGUGCUGAAAAACGGCGGAAAAGAAAUUCAAGUUGUACCCCUUUUGUAAAGCCAUCAAUCCAUUUCGUGGAGAAAAGGGUGUGCGUGUACAGUCAGUCACCUCAAAAAGGGCUGGCUUAAGCGCACAUUGGCCACAACCCCAUUAAAGCAUUAA